GUGAGAGGAGACAAACGUGCCAGAUUUCUAAAACGAUCGACAUGGCCAUGAUGGGCAGAGCCACAACGAGGCGGUUAAUGUUGUUUGGGCUUUUGGUGAUUAUGUCAUCUCUCGUUUUUCUGGCCACCACGCGGGCGACGCGAGAGGACACAGCCCAAGGCAUCGGAAAUCGGCAGAUCAUGCAUGUUAAAACCACCGUAACAGAACCUGCCAAAAACAGUGCAAUGCGAACAGCGUCCGGUGAUGGAAAACAUGUGGCUCAGGGGACCUCAAAUAGCACGACUUGGCAACUCUGGAAGGACAGCCCUAAUGCCACUUGCUCUCAGUUCCGAACCAGAUUUGGCCAGGGACUGCCGAGGACAUACCUGGUCUCCUUCCCCGGCUCUGGCAACACCUGGGUGAGAUAUCUGCUGGAGGCUGCAUCUGGCAUCUUCACUGGCUCUGUCUACACGGAUCGGGAGAUUCAGAAAGCGGGCUACCUCGGAGAAGCCGACAAACCCGACAGUGGCCGAACGCUCGUCCAGAAAAGCCACGGCACUGCGCUCAUCCUGGCCAAGAACACGAUGAAAACCCGAUACGAAGUGAUAAGCCCAGACCUGCCGUCCGUCCUUAUCAUCAGGAAUCCGGCGAAAGCUCUGUUAUCAUACUGGAAAUAUAUAAAAGUCAAAGGCAAAGGCAAGCAUACACAACAGGUGUCUGAGAAGAGCUUUCAGACCAAAGAAUUCCACAAUUUCGUCGAGAAAAUGAUAACAUUGUGGGAACAGCUGAUCACCGACCGGCUGCUGUGGAAUACGGCUCCAGUCCACGUCGUUUACUAUGAACAGCUGGUCCAGGAUCCCAUUUUCUAUGUUAAGGGAAUGCUCAAGUUCCUCAGAGUUCCCACGGACGAAGGUCGACUGCAUUGCCUCAAGGACCACCUACAAGGGUCGUUCAAGCGGCCUAACAAGAAGGAAAUUGACCCUUACAGCGCGGAUGAAAAAGCAUCCAUGUCCUAUGCUGUGUUGCGGGUAAAGACUUUGUUGAGCAUACUGGGCUAUGCUGAUAUGCCUGUGUAUACGGAGCUCACGUAAUGCACGCAUAGCCACAUACCACAUGCAUAGGGUUAGGAAUACACGUAUCGUCAAACACAUAGACAUAGACAGGCAGACAGACAGACACGCACGUACGUACACACUCCCCCCCCCCACGUACACAUACAUACGCACACGCACAAAAACACAUACGCUAAACAACAGGAAAAUAAAGACGAGAGGAUUAUAGUGAUCGUGAUAAAAUUAAUGUUAAUACACAGCUUCUUUAUAGUGCAAUAUAACCCGAGUCGUUAUACUAAAACUUAUUAAUAUAUGCUGACCUGCUUUUUCUUAUUUUUUUACUGAAUAAGAUAAACAAAUGUAUCGACGAAUAUGUAAACGAU